GACGGGACGGGAACUUGUUGUUGCUGUAUAUCGAGCAAGAUGCUGAAAGUGAAAGCGAAAGUAGGAUUCGCUCUACCGCGCACUGCAACGGAAGUACAGGUAGACCAAUCAGGAUGCUGUUUUAAGUACCAGUCUCCCACUUCUCAACAUGCUGAAGACUUGCCACGUAUUCCGCGACGUAGUGUUCCAUAGUGCAUGGCGAUGUGAAGAGAACUGUGAUGGCCAGUACAGAUGAAGACUGUGGACACCAUCUGGUAAUGGCAACUUCUGGUGAGCAGUCUAAAGGUCACAUGGCUACUUCUGGUGAGCAGUCUGAAGGUCAAAUGGCAACUUCUGGUGAGCAGUCUGAAGGUCACAUGGCAACCUCUGGUGAGCAGUCUGAAGGUCACAUGGACACUUCUGAGCCUCAAGGACAUUUGGCUAUUUCUGAUGUUGACAUGGCAAGUUCAGCUGGGGAAAUCUUCACAACAGAGGAUGACUCUGGAAACAGCGUGGUCAGUUCAGACGAGGAACCCCAAGGUCAUCUGGUAUUGGCAGAUUCAGCUGAGACCGAGGAGGACCUUGAGCCAGUGAGCCAGCCACCAGUCAAAAGAUUAAGAACAGGUGACCAUCCUUCAGGUGGCUUCCAGGUGGCGAACACUCUGAACAUCAUCACUGGACAGGCCGGACAAGGAACACUUGGGAGAGGUACCCUUGAUUUGCGCACAGACGAAGCAAAGAAGAUUUUUCUUGCAACUGAACCCUACAAAGACGUGAAACGAAAACUGAAGGAAUUUGGACAUGUGACCAUCUGCGGGGCUUCGGGAGAAGGCAAGACAACGAUGGCUCUGGUGUUAGGUUCACAGUACAGAGACAAAGGCUACGAGGUCGUGUUUGUGGACAACAUUGAGAAGUUUGACUUAGACCAGUGCCUUAGUAGCCACCCCAGAGUAUUCCUCAUAGUAGAUGACAUGUUUGGUACUGUUGGAUUAUCUGCGAAUACAUCACAGGUGAAAACCUUUCUAAACAACCUUCCCCUCCAUUUAGAACAAAAGCGGAGUGCGGAAAAGCUGCAGUCAGAAAUGCAUGAAAGCAGUGAUGCUGUUGGUAAAUCCAGAAAGAAAGUGCAGAUUCAACCAGAAUUUCAAACAAAAGAUAGUGAUGCUGUUGGUAAAUCCAGAAAGAAAGUGCAGAGUCAACCAGAAUUUCAAACAAAAGAUAGUGAUGCUGUUGGUAAAUCCAGAAAGAAAUUGCAGAGUCAACCAGAAUUUCAAACAAAAGAUAUUCGUGUUGUCUUCACAUCAAAGUCAUACAACUUCCAUGAUGGACUUGCAAAACUGCAAUACGAGGGUUUCAAACUGUUCAAAGGUCAAACUGUAAUGGAUUUAACCACACAAGAUAAAUACUGGCUUUCUGACAAAGAGAAAAAGACAAUAUUUGAACGACAUAGGAAAGCUCUCGGUGACUGCUCCAUGCAACAUAUACCUGAUUACAGUGAGCUGGAAAUCUGUUCAAAUAUCUUUGGAUUCCCUCUUAUUUGUAAACUUUGUUUUGAAUUUUCAUCUUUCUACAAAAAUGCAAAAUCAUUUUUCAAGGAACCACUGUUUUAUCUCAGGUUAGAGCUAAAGCGUUUGCUUGAAGAGAGAAAUGACCGAUCGGCCAUUCUGGUUCUGAUGCUACUGUGUGAAGACAAAUUGGACCUGAGCAAGUUAGACAGUGGAGGUGAGGAUAAGGAAAUGGACAGCCUGGUCAAAACUGUUUUACAGAUGAUGUCUGACGCUACACGUUCAGGCAUGUACAAAGCAGCUAAAGGUUUGAGAGGUACAUUCUUCACAAGAGGAGACACUGUUGGCUUUGCUCAUUCUUCAAUCUAUGAUGCUUGUGCCUGUGCCUUGUAUAAUAUCAGUCCAAUCUUUGUUUUGAAGCACUGCAGUGAUGACUUUCUGUUUGAAAGGGUACAAGGUGACAAGGUUGAAGAAACCAAGGUUGAUGAUUAUCUCCAUUUGAUCUAUGUCUCAGAGAAUUAUGAUGACCUACUUACCACAAGGUUUACACAGUCUAUUAAACAAGGACAGUUUUCUAAAUCAGUGACACAUCCAAUUCUCAAACAAGACGCCACAGUUUUCAAGCUGCUCAAGAAACUUCACUGUGAUCGGACAAAACAUCUUUGGUUUCACAAGAAAGAGAAAGGACAAUGUCUUCUGUACUGGGCAGUUCUUGGACAUAAUGCACGUCUAUUUACAGAUAUAGAACACACAACUGGAGAAGAGUUCACUCAAGGAGAAAUCAGUGAGGCCAUGGAAGGAUGUGCACAAAGCAACAAAGUGACAGCAUUGAAAUGGCUGUUCAGCAGGAGUGAGAAACAUGACCAUCAGUUGACACUGAACAGACUUUUGUUGGUAGCUGCUGAAAGUGGCAGCUCUGACAUACUGGUGUAUCUGCUGCAGGAAGGCGCUGAUAUUAACACAAGAGACAAGGGAAUGCAAAACAUCUUCCAUCUUGUCUGUAAAUCAGGAAUGGAAAAAACCCUGAAAGUCCUGUUAACCAGGAAACCUGGGGAAAAUGUUAUAAACUCUGUUGAUGUGAAUGGCAAGACCCCUGUCAUGGUUGCAGCACAUACAGGAUCAGAGGGAUGUUUUAAGUUACUGCAGACAUCAAAUUUGAAUGUGAAAGAUAAACAUGGCAGCGGAAUUAUUCAUCUUGCCUGUCGUGGUGGGAACACUGCUAUAGUACAACAUGUCAUGUCUCCAUCUAACAUCAACAGCAGAGGGGAAUAUGGAUGGACAUCAGUGAUGCUGGCAGCUGUCACUGGACAUCAAAGUGUGUUUGACCUCCUAGUGUCCAACCAAGCUGACCUCACACUGGUGGAUACAGAUGGUGACAGUUUACUUCAUCUUGCCUGUCGUGGUGGGAACACUGCUAUAGUACAACAUGUCAUGUCUCCAUCUAACAUCAACAGCAGAGGGGAAUAUGGAUGGACAUCAGUGAUGCUGGCAGCUGUCACUGGACAUCAAAGUGUGUUUGACCUCCUAGUGUCCAACCAAGCUGACCUCACACUGGUGGAUACAGAUGGUGACAGUUUACUUCAUCUUGCCUGUCGUGGUGGGAACACUGCUAUAGUACAACAUGUCAUGUCUCAAUCUAACAUCAACAGCAGAGGGGAGUAUGGAAGGACAGCAGCAAUGAGGGCCGCUGUCAGUGGACAUCAAAGUGUGUUUGACCUCCUAGUGUCCAACCAAGCUGACCUCACACUGGUGGAUGCAGAUGGUGAUAGUUUACUUCAUCUUCCUUGUCAUGGUGGGAACACUGCUAUUGUAAAACAUGUCCUGACACCUUCUAACAUCAACAGCAGAGGGGAGUAUGGAAGGACAGCAGCAAUGAGGGCAGCUGUCAGUGGACAUCAAAGUGUGUUUGACCUCCUAGUGUCCAACCAAGCUGACCUCACACUGGUGGAUGCAGAUGGUGAUAGUUUACUUCAUCUUGCCUGUGAGGGUGGGAACACUGCUAUUGUAAAACAUGUCCUGUCUCCAUCUAACAUCAACAGUAGAGGCAGACAUGGAUCGACAGCAGUGAUGCAGGCAGCUGUCAGUGGACAUCAAAGUGUGUUUGACCUCCUAGUGUCCAACCAAGCUGACCUCACACUGGUGAAUACAGAUGGUAAUAGUUUACUUCAUCUUGCCUGUCGUGGUGGGAACACUGCUAUAGUACAACAUGUCCUGUCUCCAUCUAACAUCAACAGUACAGGCAGAUAUGGAUGGACAGCAGCAAUGAAGGCAGCUGUCAAUGGACAUCAAAGUGUGUUUGACCUCCUAGUGUCCAACCAAGCUGACCUCACACUGGUGGAUACAGAUGGUAAUAGUUUACUUCAUCUUGCCUGUCAGGGUGGGAACACUGCUAUAGUACAACAUGUCCUGUCUCCAUCUAACAUCAACAGCAGAGGGAUGCAUGGACAUACACCAGUAAUGAUGGCAGCUGUCACUGGACAUCAAAGUGUGUUUGACCUCCUAGUGUCCAACCAAGCUGACCUCACACUGAUGGAUACAUAUGGUGACAGUUUACUUCAUCUUGCCUGUGGUGGUGGUGGGAACACUGCUAUAGUAAAACAUGUCCUGUCUCCAUCUAACAUCAACAGUACAGGCAGAUAUGGAUGGACAGCAGCAAUGAAGGCAGCUGUCAAUGGACAUCAAAGUGUGUUUGACCUCCUUAUGUCCAACCAAGCUGACCUCACACUGGUGGAUACAUAUGGUGAUAGUUUACUUCAUCUUGCCUGUCGUGGUGGGAACACUGCUAUAGUACAACAUGUCCUGUCUCCAUCUAACAUCAACAGUAGAGGCAGAUAUGGAUGGACAGCAGCAAUGAAUGCAGCUGACUAUGGACAUCAAAGUGUGUUUGACCUCCUAGUGUCCAACCAAGCUGACCUCACACUGGUGGAUACAUAUGGUGAUAGUUUACUUCAUCUUGCCUGUCGUGGUGGGAACACUGCUAUAGUACAACAUGUCCUGUCUCCAUCUAACAUCAACAGUAGAGGCAGACAUGGAUGGACAGCAGUGAUUCAGGCAGCUGUCAGUGGACAUCAAAGUGUGUUUGACCUCCUAGUGUCCAACCAAGCUGACCUCACACUGGUGGAUACAUAUGGUGAUAGUUUACUUCAUCUUGCCUGUCAGGGUGGGAACACUGCUAUAGUACAACAUGUCCUGUCUCCAUCUAACAUCAACAGUACAGGCAGAUAUGGAUGGACAGCAGCAAUGAAGGCAGCUGUCAAUGGACAUCAAAGUGUGUUUGACCUCCUUGUGUGCAACCAAGCUGACCUCACACUGGUGGAUACAGAUGGUGAUAGUUUACUUCAUCUUGCCUGUCAGGGUGGGAACACUGCUAUAGUACAACAUGUCCUGUCUCCAUCUAACAUCAACAGUAGAGGGAGUGAAGGAUACACACCUGUGAUGAAAGCUGUAUUCCAUGGACAUCAAGAUGUUGUUGACCUCCUUGUGCAGCACAAAGCUGACCUCACACUUCUAACAGACAGUAAUGAGGACAUUGAAUGUGUAGCUCAGAUGGGAGGACAUCCUACACUAGCCAAGUAUCUUCAAACAGUUAAACAUCCUCACUGAUUAAGCUGUGUGUUAUGUGUUCUGAAGGAAAUUUAUUGAUUGUGUAUUGCAACUAUGUUCUACUGUAGAACAUUCAUUCUUGCAGACUUGGAAACACUGUAAACAAUUAGUCAAUACGUUUUGUAUUUAUGCUGAAUAUAUUUAAACAGUAUUGCUUAACAAUUGUUAAGUGGUUGUCAACAUUUGAACCUGUUGCCUACAUAUGCAGGUGAGCUACAGUGCUGAAGCACCAUAUUAACAGUUAAGUCAGUUUUCUCAAAUUUUCUCUAAAAGAAAAUUAUUUUUCCAUUAUUUAAUCUGAAUAUAUACUGUGAGAGCAAGGUGGAGCUUUUCGUCUUUAAAAGACAGGAACAUCGGUGAAAUGAUGAUUUUACAAACUUCCCAUCUUUUUCUGAUACAAAGAGCUAACACUGACCAUCCAUGUAUUGCCACUCAGGUAGCAUUGUAGAAAUGUCCUAAUUUUGCUCUAGAGAAGUUUGUACAAAUAUUGUGAUUCUAAAUUUUGGCUCAGUUUGUAAUAAAAUUCAAUCAUCCUUGAAGGUU